GAUUAGUCUUAUUUUAAGAGGCGCACAUCUGGAAGGAAGAUGGGAAGCUCUGUGAUGGAUUCAAAGAAGACGGAUGGCAGGAAGAAAUGGACAAGAAAAAGGACAACCCUUCGGUUAAACAUGCCGGACCUGAGCAUGUUUGCCAUGCCCUUCCUGGAGGGUGAUGAUGAGCACAAUGACAAGGAUGGUACACGUAAGGAGGAGAUCAGCUGCCACUCAGCUAGCCCAACAAAAGGAUUUUUCAGCAGGAAUCCAUUUAGCCGGCCCUCUAGCCCCAUGUCGGCUCCAGCAAGGUCCAAAACCAGCCCUGGGUCACCCAGAACCAUCUUCCCUUACCCACUAUAUCAGGACUCCCCACCUAAAUCACCCCGCCGCCUCAGCUUUUCUGGAAUCUUUCGCUCAUCCUCCAAGGACUCAUCUUGUGCCUCCCUGUCCACUUCCUCUUCUGCCUCUCCCGUCAGUAUUAAACUCUUCUCCCGUGCCAGGAAAGCGUCUGGGAUCUCCUCACCGCCCACCACUCCUACGCAACUGACCAAACCCUCACCAUCAUUUCCUCUGGAGGAGAACCGGAACCUCACAAUGCGUCAAGAGGAACGAGCCCGUUCUCUGUCCUCUCCCCCAGAUACCGGUCAGCACUUCAGCAUGCCCCCAGCCAAGCCACCGAUCACUGCUUCAUCAGCACCCAUCUCUACCUCACGCAUGGUUCGCGGUUUGUCUGAAGGCAUGCUGGAGAAACUCGACCUAGAAGAUGAAGUUGUCGAAGAGUCUGAAAGUGAUAUUUACAUGCGCUUUAUGAAGUCCCACAAGUGCUAUGACAUCGUCCCCACUAGUUCAAAGCUGGUGGUGUUUGACACAACGCUACAAGUUAAGAAGGCCUUUUUUGCCUUGGUGGCUAAUGGCGUUCGAGCUGCACCACUGUGGGAGACGAAGAAGCAGAGUUUUGUAGGAAUGCUAACGAUCACAGACUUCAUCAAUAUACUUCACAGAUACUACAAGUCUCCCAUGGUGCAAAUCUAUGAGCUGGAGGAACAUAAGAUUGAAACAUGGAGAGAGCUCUAUUUACAAGAAACCUUUAAACCUUUAGUCAACAUAUCACCAGAUGCAAGCAUAUUCGACGCUGUGUAUUCACUAAUCAAGAACAAGAUUCACCGCUUGCCCGUUAUUGACCCCGUCAGUGGGAAUGCACUUUAUAUCCUCACGCACAAGAGAAUCCUCAAGUUCCUGCAGCUCUUCGUGUGUGAGAUGCCAAAACCUGCCUUCAUGAAGAAGACCCUGGAAGAGCUGGGCAUCGGGACGUACAGCAACAUCGCCUUCAUUCACCCGGACACGCCAAUAAUCAAAGCCCUGAGCAUCUUUGUUGAGAGGAGGGUUUCGGCUCUGCCUGUGGUAGAUGAAUCCGGAAAGGUUGUAGAUAUUUAUUCCAAGUUUGAUGUCAUUAACCUUGCUGCUGAAAAGACCUACAAUAACCUGGACAUUAGCGUGACUCAGGCUUUGAUGCAUCGCUCCCAGUACUUUGAGGGGGUCAUGAAGUGCAACAGACUGGAGACUCUGGAGACUAUAGUGGACAGGAUAGUCAAAGCUGAGGUGCACAGGCUGGUGGUAGUAGACGAGGCUGGCUGCAUCGUGGGUAUUGUGUCCCUGUCGGACAUCCUGCAGGCCCUGGUCCUCACUCCAGCAGGUCUGACCAGGAAGGAGAGUGAGGAAGCUGAGUGAUGUAUAUCAGGACUGCUAAAUUCUGUCACGCUGCUGGAAGAGGAAGUUGAUUUGAAGCUGGACUUUGGGAUGACCAUGCAGCCUACUGAGGGCUGGUAAAGGAGGAAAAGGGUACAGGGGUGCAAACUGAAUGCUGCUGAAGGCCAGAUGAGGAAAAUGGAUAGAUUUUGGGGGGGGGGAAUGGAUGGGCUACAGGGGCAACAGGGUAGAACACCAAUUAUCCCUUCCUCACAGGGAUUCUGGAGAGCUCUGUGUCCUCAAGCUGUUACUGCACACUCGCUAUUUAUGACACAUCACCAUCUGGUGUCUGUUCUGUGCACUAAACUCACUGGUAUGCUUUGGACUGUACCAUCACUAUCAUCCUGAGGGGAUUGCUUCUAGUGACCAGCAGUUCAGAACUGGCUUUAUUCAGAGCAUUUCCCCCCAUUAUUAUUCAUCCUCACUGUUUAUAGGACAGCUUUGCCUUGUGGGUUUACUUGCACACUUCUUGAAAUUGUCCUUUUCACUACCACUUUUAUCCUCCUUUUGUUAAUAUUCCUAUCCCCUCUUUCUUUAAAUGGUGCCUUCUGUCUACCAGUUGUCCACCAGUUGUUGCCCAUUAUGGAUGGCCAAGAGAAAGAGAAAACAGCGAAUGUUCAACUGAAACAAAAUGAAUGUCUGAGUAUCUGAAAACCAAAACGUUUGGAUUCUGAUUUUUAAUAGUUAAGUUUGUUAAAACGUAUUAGUUUUAUUUCAAAAUGUUUUUGGAAUGAUGCUGUAAACAUGGAUUCAACAUUAUUUAUUUGUACUUUUUUUUUUUUUUAAAUUGUUUUAAUUUUUUUAAAUGUCAGGCGUGAUCUCUAUGUUCGGCCCUUAUGCAUUAAAGACAUCAUUCUUAUGAGUUGACAUUGAGUGCAGUUUCAAAACGCAGUUGCUGCCUACAAGCAGUUCUUCUCUCCAGGUAAACCGGAGUCAUGGAGUCAUGCAAUGAAACCCCUUGUACUCCGUAUCUGUUGUACUGUACAUAGGAAGAGCUUGUGAAAUAUCUAAAGUGCCAGAGAAAGAUCUAUUUUUCUGUGCAUUCAAUGUAUGUUUAAUAUUGCAUAUUUUCAUUUGCAGGUCCUGUCAUUUUUAUUGUGGCUGUGUUGAUGGUAAAGGUCACUGAAACUUAAAUCCACCGAAAUGUACUUCACUGGCAUGAGGAUGAUGCCAUGAGGGUUAAACAUUGUGGGUUGACUUUCAUUUUGCAGUUAGGAAAUCAAUAAACCAUGCUACUGAA